AUGCGCACAUCCGCUGAUCUUCGGUAUCUGACGUCCCGUGCAGAUCCCGCUCGCAAUCGCGAGCACAUAUGGGCCAAACGGCCCGCAACAGAGCUUGGCAUUAAGCUCGUGCCGCCUACCAUAAAGGAUCAGGCUACAAAUUGCGGCUGGCCGCCCACCUUUCUUGCGUUACGAGCCAUACAUCGUCAUGCUGUGCAGGGCUGUGUGUCUCGCCUGGCUGUUCGGCAUCUCAGCACUAGUAGAGGUCUGGCUAACGAUCUCGAUGCAUUUCUAUCAUACAUUCCACCGGAUUGUGACAUGACUUGCAGCAAGCUCUACACAAAUAUCGCCAACUGUACGAGCGGCAACUUGCUCUAUCCGGUCUGCCUCUGCAAUGCAAUUUCCGCAAGUGCAGGAGUGAGUCACUGUGAGAAAUGUAUCGAGGGAUCUAGCAGCGUAUCGAUCGAGGACACCAAUACUGCCGAGGCUGCUGCCAUCGAUAUCGGUGAUCCGGAUUGCAAAUCGCCUGAUCCGACUCCCAUCACCAUCGGGGGUAAUGCUGCAACUGUUCGCGUGAGCAGUGUCACGCUCAGCGUUGCUGUCAUCCUUGUUUGCGUCUUUCUCUAG